AGGCUUCCCUAGGGCAAGGGUGUAGUGGAAACCAGGCGGGAGACGAGAAUACCACUGGGCAAGUCACGCAGUUACGCUUGUUGGCCCAGAGCAUCCGGCAGGGCCUCCGCAGAGCCGUAAAGAGUUCUACAAGUCGUGAAGUGUCGAGGCGCAAAAGCGUUGCUUUACGGCGAUUCGAGCAGUCGCGUCAAGCUGACUAUUCCGGGCUUUUGGCUACCUGGCUCCACACGUGGGCCGCCGUAGGUAUUCCGAUCGGUAAUUCCUCCUGUUGGUGUGCGGCAGCCACAUUGAAGGAUAGGGUGGCAACAGAGGCCAAGUAUCGUGAGUUGAUGGAGUUUGCUGCUGAAAAUGAAGGGAAGUCUGGGGGAGGUCUCCACAGCGUAGCUGAGGGGGUGCGGCUAAGUCCAGAGCCUGGCAGUGAGGGAGUGAGGGACUUAGCACGGGCGGAGGAGGUCGGCGGAGGAGAAGCGGGGAAAGGGCUGACAGGGAUGAAGGAGAUAGGGGAUGGAGAGAAAGGAAGUGGACAAAGGCCAGAGGAAAUACCGAUGGACCUAACAGUAGUGAAGCAAGAAAUUAUGGACUGGCCAGAUACAGAAGGCAGAUUGGCUGGCCAGUGGGUAAAACAGGAGGUGGAGGAUAGGUCUGAGGUGAAGGAUGAGAACGCAGGCGUAUUGGAGGUGAAGCAGGAGACGGAUAGUAGUUUAGUGGUAAAAGAGGCGAAGGUGGGUGACCCAGAGGUAAAGGAAGAGAAGGUAAAGGAAGAGGUAAUGGACUGGUCAGAAGUGAAGGAAGAGAAGGAUAACUCGGAGAUAAAACAGGAGGGGAAGUUUGUUGGUCAAUACAUAAAAGAGGAAGUGAUGCAUGGAGAGUGUGUAAAAGAAGAGAAGGAUUUCCUGAAGAAAGAAACCGUGGAUGAUACAAAGGUGAAAGAAGAGCCUCCGAUAAAUCACCCGGUGGGUUGCAAGCGGAAACUGGCCAUGUCAAGGUGUGAAACUUGUGGUACAGAAGAAGCAAAGUACAGAUGUCCACGUUGUAUGCGAUAUUCCUGCAGUUUGCCCUGUGUAAAGAAGCACAAAGCAGAACUGACAUGUAAUGGAGUUCGAGAUAAAACUGCAUACGUUUCAAUACAACAGUUUACUGAAAUGAAUCUCCUAAGUGAUUAUCGAUUUUUGGAAGAUGUGGCAAGAACAGCGGACCAUAUUUCUAGAGAUGCCUUUUUGAAAAGACCAAUAAGCAAUAAACAUAUGUACUUUAUGAAAAAUCGUGCCCGAAGGCAAGGUAUUAACUUAAAACUUCUACCCAAUGGAUUCACCAAGAGGAAGGAGAAUUCAACCUUUUUUGAUAAGAAAAAACAGCAGUUUUGUUGGCAUGUGAAGCUCCAGUUUCCUCAAAGUCAAGCUGAGUACAUAGAAAAAAGAGUACCAGAUGAUAAAACUAUUAAUGAAAUCCUAAAGCCUUACAUUGAUCCUGAAAAGUCUGAUCCUGUAAUUCAUCAAAGGUUGAAAGCCUACAUUUGCUCUCAGACUGGGGUUCAGAUUUUAAUGAAGAUUGAAUAUAUGCAGCAAAAUUUAGUAAGAAUUCUGAUUUCCUUGAAUUUUGGAAGAAGAGGAUAUUCUGUCAGAGUCAAGUUUGACUGGCUUAGAUAUUAUGAACUAGAUCCUUACAAAAGUCUCCUAGACAAUUUGAGGAACAAAGUAAUCAUUGAGUAUCCAACAUUACAUGUGGUAUUGAAAGGAUCCAAUAAUGAUAUGAAAGUUCUUCACCAAGUGAAAAGUGAAUCUACCAAGAACCUUGGCAAUGAAAAUUGAGCACUUUUUUUCUGGAAGAAGAAUAUGAAAACUUCCAGACAACUGCAGCAGACUCUGCAUUGAUGGACUGUUGGCUGAUUGGGGUAUUGUCAAUGGGUGAUGGUGGAAUUUUUUUCUUUGUAUAAAAAAUAAGCUUAACUCUUUUAAAAAAUAUAUCUUAUAGCCUCUUGAAUUAAUUGACUUGUAAGACCCCUUUAUUCAUAUUAAGAACUCUCCUUUGCACUUGAUCAGCAUAGUACUUAUUAGGUCUUGGCUUUUAAUAUGCUUAAUUCCAUAAACUGAAAACCUUUUUUUUUUUUCUUUUUUUUUUCUUUUUUCUUUCUUUUUUUUUUGAGAUGGAAUCUUGGAGUGCAAGUGGUAUGAGCAUAGCUUCCUCAAACUCCUGGGCUCAAAUGGUCCUCCCACUGCAGCCUUCCAACAGGCUUAUACCACCACACUCAGCUAAUUUUUUUUUUUUUUUUUUGUGGUAGAGAUAGGGUUUCGCUCCUUUGCCCAGGCUGGUCUCAAAUUCCUGGCCUCAAGCAAUCCUUCCACCUCAGCCUCCAAAGCGUUGGGAUUACAGGCAUCAGCCACCACAUCUGGCCUUGAAAACUUUUAUUUGUUAAUUUGAUGCAUGACCAAACCCAAGGAUCACCCGUGUCAACCACAAAGUUGGCAUUCUCUUUAGUAGAACUUCACUAAACAGAAAGGCAGUGCAAUGCACUGUCUAGCCACAGGAGAACUAAUCUUCCAUCAGUUGCCCUUUCUUAUCUUUGGAGUUUAUAUGUAACUUACCCUUAUGAGACAACUUUUCCACUUGAGAAACUCCUAGUACAAUGUCUUGUACUAGAAGCCUGGAUAAAUACUAUUAACUACUGUUUCUUAUAUUCACUUGAGAAAAUCAAUGGCUCCACAUUGUUUGAGCCAUUAGUGCUAACAAAUUUGGAUUUACUUAUUCAAGUCUUAUGAAUUCUGUGCCUUUCAUCACAUUUCUAGUCCACUCUCAUCAUUACUGCAAAAGGGUGUUGUGAUGGCCAGUUUUAUACUGUGUUUUGAUAUGUCUAGCAAUAACUUAAAGAAAAAAAAACUGGGAAAUCUUCAACAUGUUAUUGGAAUGUGUAUAUAUGUAUUAAUGUAUGUACAUGGCUUAACUUAUACGUUAUGGCAGCUCUGUAUACAGUUUGAUCUCACAUACUGAAAAAAAAUUCUUAACUUUAUUGGAGUUUAUACCACUAUGAAACUGCAAUAUGACUGUAAGAGAGUAAAAAAGAUUGUUACAUCUGCAUUGUAUGUGUUGUGUACUUAAUGGUUAAAAAGCAAUGAUAAAAUUGGACAUUAAUGAAAUUCAUUUUUAAUUUACAGUUGAAAUAAGUUUUUUACCAAAAAGAAACCAGAGACAUUAGUUAAGGAGACUUAAAAAGAUUUGAAAUAUGAAAAGAUAAUGAGAAGAUGAACAGAAGAUAAAUUUGUGGGACACAAGUGUAACUUGGGGUAGAAAUUGGAGAAGAGAAUCAAAAAACAAUAAUGCCAGAAAGACCCUUGGUAUAAAAGUACUAAUGGAAAUGUGAUUCAUAGAAAGUUCUUAGAAAGUGAGGCCUUGCAAUUUGAGAAGCAUACAUACAUAUAUAUUUAUAAUCUCUAAAGCAACUUCAGGAAUCUUCUAACAUAGAUAAAGAAUUUGUGUAGAAUUAUGUUGUUCACAUUAUUAUUGGAGAAACAAAUGAGAUUUCAAGGAACUUGUUUAUAAUCAAAAGUGAAAUGUGUCUUCUUGAAACCAGCAAGAAAUAGAUGAAUUGAGUGAAACGUGUUGUUAUUAGGAAAAGUGGGAUAAAGUAUACAAAAAGAACAUGCAAUCUGAAUAUGAUCUGAAUAUCAGGGUGGAUAGGAAUUUUUUGACAGUGAAAUCUGUUAUGAUGUAGUCUCAUUUCCAAGAAAAGUCUUGAGUUCUGUCCCUUCUGAAUUUAAAUUGAAAA